UUUUCUUUUUCAUUUUACAGCUUCUUGUGGAAGACUACUCACAGCAAAAGAUCUCUUGUUACUUAAAGUUUAUCCUCUCCAAGUGAACAUGAACAACACGACUGGUUUAAAGAGGGACAUAUAACAUGGAGUGGAUAUUAAAGUCUGUUUUUGUGAAUUAAAAGGCAGAUGUCUCUCUUUAGGAUUAGCUGUUUUCUUCCCAUCCUCCUUUGCUGCUGGAUCUCACAUCAAACUGAACUCUAGUCAUGGGCAUCCGUGUCACCCUAAGCAAGUUCACCCGGAGAGGGAAGUUUGUGUUUCUUCUUGUGUUGUGUCUGUGCGUUUUAGCAUGGAUAGCGUUUCCCAGCGAUGACACGAUUAAAUAUGGAUUGAGUCCUCUUGAUUUAAAGCACAUGGAAAAGUUUACAAGUCCGGAGAUUGAAUCUGAGAUAAUGCAGAGUGUUGAGGACCAGACCUCCAAACAGAGCUGUCCGGAUCGAUCUCCUCUUCUCAGAGGUGCUCUCAAGCUGACAUUCGAGCCCUCUGUGACGCUGGAGCAGGUAGAGAGUGAGAACGUCGAGGUUGUGGAGGGUCAGUUUUCCCCACCCGACUGUUUCGCCCGACAGAGUGUCGCCAUCCUUAUUCCUUACAGAAACAGGGAGAAGCAUCUUCUCUUUUUCCUAUACCACCUUCAUCCUUUCCUACAGAGACAGCAGCUUCACUACGGCAUCUAUGUCAUUCAUCAGGCUGGAGAUGCUACAUUUAACAGGGCAAAGUUAUUAAACGUGGGUUACAUGGAAGCCCUUAAAGAUCACAACUGGGACUGUUUUAUAUUCCAUGAUGUUGAUCUUAUACCAGAGAAUGAUGAGAAUCUAUACGUAUGUGAGAACCAACCCAAACAUUUUGUAGUGGGAAGGAAUUCCACCGGGUACCGGCUCAAAUAUAAAGGUUAUUUUGGUGGAGUUUCGGCCAUGACAACCGAACAGUUCCACAAAGUCAAUGGCUUUUCAAACACAUACUGGGGCUGGGGUGGAGAGGACGAUGAUCUCAGAGUACGGAUAGAGCUACAGAAGAUGUCAAUAGUCCGACCGGCACCUGAGGUUGGGCGUUACACCAUGAUCUUCCACAAGAGAGACAGCGGCAAUCAAGUUAAUAAUGAGAGGAUGCAGCUGUUAGGCAAGACUGCACUGAUGUGGAAGAAGGACGGUUUAAAUUCCUGUUCCUAUAAGAUUUUGUCUGUCCACAGAGAACCUCUCUACAUCAACAUCACUACAGACAUCGGCCAGCCUGAGCGCGUUUCAUUGAGACGUGCGUGAAAAUCAAAAGACAUUCAGAGGGACUUUUCCUCAAGCCAGUGCCUUUCAGAUUCAGUGUUGCUGGUUCACACCAGGGCACACUACGAAUCUUAAACUAUGAUAUCCAACGCUGCUGUUUAUGACCUAUAACUAGGUAAUUUGGCACCCAGUUGUGUUUAAGCUUUAAUAUUACAGUAUCUAAAUGAGUGACUAGAUUACCUGACAGGUCAGGGUCACACAAGUUUUAUAUGUAGGCUCAUAUUUUGAUUUAAAUGUGAAUAAUUUUUUUCUUAUUGGCGGUUACGGAUGUUACAACAGAUCGGAUUUAGCUGAACUUCUGGUCUGGUGUAUAGUGAAUAUUUUUGCAGGUGCUUUUACAUGGGACUUUAAUCACAUUAGUUUAAAAAAAAUCAUUGUUCACUCGAAAUAUUGGGUGGUUUACUGUAUUAUGGGAAUAUAGUAUAAUCUUUUCUGUUUUUAAAUUUGAUGGCCAAUUUGAAAUGUGAAGUGUGACCAACAUUUGAGGUGAAAGAUCUGAGACGCUGGUAUUUUAAUUUAAGGCUUAAUAUAUUUUUGAAAGUUUAAUAUUUUUUAUUUUAAAAUGAACCAUUGAAUAAAACACAUACCUAAAUGACAAAACGGAGAAAUGAAAAAGUCAUAUGAAAUCAUUUGGUGUAUUUCUGUAUAUUGUCGAAUGUAUUUGUUUCUGCACAGAUCGAGUGUUUUGCUCUUUUUUUUUUUAAAUACCACUGAAGUUUUAAAGCUUUCUGGCUCUGUCUGUCUGAGAGAUUAGGUCUUUUCUUGUCUCCUUUAUUCUUAAUACUGUUCAUAUCAUCACUUUAAAGUGAUCGCAUUCAUUUGACACGACGAAAAGGAUCUCCGUUAAUCCUCAGUUGUGUCAGUUAUUGUAAAGCGCUGUCAUACACUGUAUGGCCUUCAUCCAAAAAAAUAAAGCACACAGUAAUGGUGUUGA